AUGGCGCCGCCGCCGCCCAACCCCAAGCCCGCCACUCCCCCCGACUCUUCCACCAGCAAGAAGAAGGUCACCCCCGCGGAGGUCGCCUUCCUCGUCGACCGCUACCUCGCCGACAACGGCUUCAACGCCGCUCUCGCCGCAUUCCGCUCCGACGCCGGGCGCAUCUACAGCCCCACCAAGAAGACGCCCAAGAGGCCCCCCAUGCCGCUCGCAGACAUCCUCAACGACUACAUCGAGCUCAAGGGGGCCAGCGUCGCCAUCGAAUCCGCCAUGCGCGCCAUGCAAUCUCUCGUCUCCACCUACUACGCCUCCUCCUCCUCGUCGUCCACUCCGCCGCCUGUUCCGCCCCACGUCAAUAUGAAUAUGAACAUGAUGAUGAUGCCUCCCCUUCCCCCGCCUCACGCCGUCACCGGUGCCCAGCCGUCAUCGCCGCCGCUCGUCCCGCCGCUCUUCUUCGCGCCCAAUUCUUCGUCGCCUCCGUCCCAAGGAACCGCCGGACAUGCCUCGCCUCUCAUUCAUCACUACGCUCAUGCAUCCACCGCGGUUCUCGUCCACAACUCCUCCACAGAUCUGUCCACCCCAGUUUCCACCUCUCUGCCCACUAAUAAAAAGAGGAAGGCUUCAAAGUCUUCAGGGAAGACCACCGCUUCAGCCUCCAAGAGAUCCUGCAUUGCUCCUGCUACAACCACCGAUGCAAAAGGUAGAGCUGUACCUGUAGCCUCUCAUCUGUCGAAGGAUCAGAAGAUGGCUUCUGCUGCCCGACCAACUUCUGCUCAACAUCCAGCUAUGGCAAAGCUUCCACUCCAAACUUCAUCUGUUGCAAAGAGCUUAUUCAGGCCACUUCCACCUCUAGCCCACUCUUCUCCAUAUACGCCGCAACAAAGCAAUCCUGUACAAGAUCAGCCUGCUGCUUAUCCAUCUGCAACUCCAGUGUCUGCCGUUGCAAAUGCUCAUGCCCAACAGGACAUUGGCUCCUCCCAAUGCUCUAUAGUUUCUUCCAAGACUCUCAUUGUCAGUCCUCUCAAAGGGAGCGCGUACUAUGCUGUUGAGAGGAGUUACCAUGUCAGCUCCCCCUUGAAAUCAACCAUCCGCAGCUCCCCCUUGAAACCAACCACCCGCAGCUCCCCCUUGAAACCAACCACCCGCAAGUUGGACUUCGAUUGUACCGAGCCAGGUCCCAGUGAUCAGAUUUGUGACAAGAUCUCUACCUCCUCUGACGAAGACAAGCAAUAUGACUUUGAUAUCGAUUUCACAAAUUUUGAUAUAUGUGAUGGUGAAUUUUCGUUUUCUGAGCUCCUGCUUGACUUUGAUCUUGACAACGAAGGUGUUCUGAACACUUCCACAAGUGCUGAAGUUCAAAGACUAGAGCCUGUUGCUACUAGUGGUCAUAUGGCAGCAGAUCCUGUUCUACCUGAUUCAGUGAAGCCAGUGGCAGCAGAUUCCGCUGAAGAUUUGAAUCCACAAGGAGCAACCUCUGUUACUUCUGUCAGGGCUAUUACAAAGAGGAUAAAGAUUGUUAGCCCUGUCAAGGGCCGGGCAGCUUCUUAG